UCUUUUCUCCACCCACACGCCUCCCUGCCUCCCUUUACGGCUGCUCUGCGCGUGCGCGUUGCUGCGACGCUCUUCCAGUCUUUCCCUGCGCCGUGGGAGUAUUUGCCAGAAAACACCACAUACUAUGGCUGAUGAAGUUGAUUUUAACACUGGAGAUGCUGGUGCUUCUGCCACCUACCCUAUGCAGUGUUCUGCACUCCGCAAAAAUGGCUUUGUGGUGCUGAAGGGACGUCCCUGCAAGAUUGUAGAAAUGUCAACUUCAAAGACUGGCAAACAUGGUCAUGCAAAGGUCCACCUAGUUGGGAUUGAUGUGUUCACUGGCAAAAAAUAUGAAGAUAUUUGUCCUUCCACUCACAACAUGGAUGUUCCUAAUAUCAAGAGGAAUGACUAUCAACUGAUCUGCAUACAGGAUGGAUAUCUCUCUUUGCUGACAGAAAGUGGUGAGGUUCGUGAGGAUCUGAAGGUGCCAGAAGGUGAACUAGGCAAAGAAAUAGAGGGGAAAUAUAAUGCAGGCGAAGAUUUCCAGGUAUCAGUCAUGUGUGCAAUGAGUGAAGAAUGUGCUGUAGCCAUAAAACCUUGCAAAUAGGACCAUCUGGAUUUGAGCAGCUGCUCAUAUCUCAGCAACUGCAGAUUUCUUAUUUUAGUUCUAAUUAUCACCAAAGCUAUAACCUUUCACUAGCAACCUCGUGUCUUUGUUUGAAAAUAGUGCUGGCUAAUGUUGCAAGCCAUUUGGCAAUAUUAAAAUUGCUGAAGUUCAAGUGCUUACAGGAAUGGCAAGGCAGUCAAAACUGUCAUUUUAGAUCAUGAGGUAUUAACUAGUAUGCUUUGCUCGAAUGAGACUGUAUAGCAGUGCCAAUACCAAGGUAGUACUAAGUUUGGGUUUAAGUAAGAAUAGUGUUUAAGUACAACAUUUUAAACAAAUGCAAAUAACCAUUUUUAUCUUAAAAUAUGGUGAAAUGUGGCUUGCACUGAACUCUGAAUAGUCAUUGAGCUGGAGACAAGGGAACUCAUGUGAUCAAAAUGCCAGUGCUGAUGGCCGUGUACAACAAACUUAUCUCUGUAGUCUUGCUGGCUCACUCUUAACAUGUCACCAUUUGCCUGUGAUGCAAACAUCCAGAAUAUUGGAUGCUUUCAUACUCUGGUUAAUAGUGCACAAAAGCUUGGGGUG